AUUUGGCCUCCUCACUUGAGGCUACUUGCUUUGGCUGGCUGCAGCAUGAAGACCGGGGUGGCCGCCCUGGUUGGGGGCUUACUGGGGGGCUUGGGUGUGCUCUGCUUCUUGGUGUCGUUCGGCACGGAUUACUGGCUGUUAGCGAGCGACAACUGUGGUGGGCUCGGACAGCUGGAGACAACACUUCACACUGUCAGUGCUAAGGAGCAGGCCAACAGCACCGAGGGAGUGGAGGUGACAGACCCCAGCCUACCCUCACUCACUCUCCAUCAUGAGGGCUUCUUCUGGCGCUGUCUGUUCCAGAGCGACUCUUCGUUGCAUGUAGUGUGGGCUGUUUUGUUCAUGAACCAGCCAAGAUCUAAAGCCUGUGUUCAUGGAUACCUCUUCCCUCUACCUGUUGCGGUCGGACCCGUCCCUCAUCCGAUUUACGAUGCCACUGCAGUGUUCCGUGGCUUCUGGACCAUGCUUAUAAUCCUGGCCAUUGCUGCUAGUAUGACUGGUGGAUUCCUGCUGGUGUGUGCGGUGCCUUUUGUCAGCCACAAACUCUACAAGGCGGGUGGUGCCUUUUUCAUCACAGCAGCAUGUCUUUUCCUGGUGCUGGUGGGCCUGUUCGUUCUGUGGAAGGAGCUAGUGGAUGUGAGGCGAUACAUCCUACAGGAGCGAGGGGAGGACUGCCCUGAUGCCCAUCUGGAGGCACACUAUGGCUGGUCCUUCAUGGUGGCGGUGGCUGGUAUCCCCUUGGUCAUACUCUCUGGCAUCCUUUUCUUUUGCAUAGGAAAGCACCUUCAGAAACACACGUAAGAUGGCAGAGUGGGAAAGAGAGCUGACCGAACAGUGGGCACAGCUGGGAUGGAAACAGAUCAAAAUGAUGUGCAUGCAAUAGAACUGUGUCUCAUAAUGUUUCUACCUGCUUAAAAUUGAUUAGAAAAGUCAAUGCAUCGAUCUCAAAUUUCAAA